AUGUAAGGAAACUGAGCAGCUCGGUGGCAGUGAGGUUGUUGACGUCGGUUAGUCACUAAGGGGGAUAUCUCCAUGCUCAGCUCUGCUUUGGCUAAACAACUCACUUGGGAUGUAAGGAUAGAAGAAACGUCAGUUAAUUAUAGGCACAAUGAAUCACAUGAUGGGUGCUGUCUUUGCUCUGGCAAAACCCACAGUGAAACAUUUCCCAGCACUCUGCCGACAAACAUCAACUGCCGUGGUUAUAGUGCAACAAGAAAAGCAUGUAGCCAAUGCUAUUCCCAAAGGAGACCAUUUUGUGUGCUGCUACAAAAAUGUUAGAUGUUACAGUUUAAGGUCAAAUAGUUAUACAAAACCGCACCAAAGAAAGAGGCACAUGCUAAUGCACCUGAGGGCAUUGACUUGCCCAGCUCCUGGUGAUGCUUUGGAUGAAAAGGGAGAUCAAGUGUCAGUUGAAGUAGUUGAAGAUGUUCUGCCUGUGAGACUUGAGGAAGGGGACUGGACAGAUGAGAUGCAGUGGAUAAGAAGUCAAGAAAACAAUUCUGUCCUGCUGCCACCCAAGGAUGUUUCAGAUAUUGAUGUCCUGGCUCCUGAACUACGACCCACCUUCAACCUGGCUGCAUAUGUCAACAAGUCUGCCACACUACAGCAGCUGGUGAAGCUUGGUGUGGACCUCAGCACCUGGGAUGCACGUAAAGAUGUCAACAGUUUCAUUCUGCCUCUGGAUUUUGAGAGAGAUAUGAAGAAGUACAUAGUGUUCCUGCAUGACUUGGGGAUUUCAGCCGAUGAUCUUGGGAGGUGGCUGACUGUCAAUCCAUACAUCUUCCAGCAAAACAUAGAAGACCUUGAGGCUAGAACUAAUUACCUGGAAUUCAUGAAGUUCAGUGAGGAAGACAUAGCUCGGAUCAUCUCAAAGAAUCCCUACUGGCUGCUGUUUAGCACUGUUCGAAUAGACAGACGCUUGGGGAUAUUUCAGCAGUCCUUUGAACUCACUGAUCAUGAAGUGCGCUAUUUGGCAACAAAACAGCCUCGGCUCAUCACGUACAGCCAUUCCAGUAUUAAGAUGACAACAUUUUCUGUGGUGGAGGAAAUGGGUUUUGAAAAGAGUGAAGUGAAGAGCCUGUUGCUUGCUAAGCCCAAGAUUUGGAUGGCAAGUAGGGGUGCUUUGGUGAGAAGAUUUGAUUUUGCUCACAACCACAUGGGAUUGUCACACCAGCAAAUAGUUCAGUUUCCUCAUGUGCUCUUAACAAGAGACUUCAGAAUCAGGCAGCGCCAUGGGUUUCUCAAACUCCUUGGCCGGGACCAGUAUGAUCCCUCCAAACCUAACUAUGUGUCCCCACUGGCACUGGUGUCAGGUACAGAUGCUGAGUUUUGCCUCACCCUCGCCAAGUCCUCAGUGCAAGCCUUUAAUGACUUUCUGAAAACAAUGUAGUAUUUUCAUCAUGUCUCUGCUUUACUGUAAAUAUGUAUUGAGAUACAUAUUCUGUACACUUUAUAAUAAUGUACAUAUUUUUGGAGAUUUCUCGCAUGUAUCGUUGGUAACACUGACUUGUACUC